AUGCUGGGCACGCUCACCGUCCGGGAGACGAUCGCUUACUCCGCAUCCCUACGGCUCCCGAGCUACACGACGAGAGCCGAGCUAGCUGAGUGUGUCGAGAGCACAAUUAUCGAAAUGGGCCUCCAGGAGUGCGGGGACCUUGUCAUUGGCAACUGGCACCUGAGGGGCAUAAGCGGCGGCGAAAAGAAAAGGCUAAGCAUCGCGCUGGAGAUCAUAACACAUCCUAGCCUGCUGUUCUUGGACGAGCCGACUAGCGGGCUCGACAGCGCAUCGGCAUUCUUCGUCGUGCAGGCCUUACGAAACAUUGCGCGCAAGGGCCGUACCAUUGUCUCCUCCAUUCACCAGCCGAGCAGCGAGGUUUUCGCCCUUUUUGACGACCUUCUGCUCUUGUCGUCCGGCGAGACUAUCUAUUUCGGGGAGGCUUGUUCCGCGAUCGAGUUCUUUGCAGAUGCGGGAUUCCCGUGCCCGCAGAAAAGGAACCCGUCGGAUCAUUUUCUUCGUUGUGUUAACUCGGAUUUCGACGAUGUCGCCAAUACUUUGAUCGGCUCCCAAAGAAUAUUGAGAGAUAUAAAGUUUACCGCAGGCCCACUGAUGGAUUUGGCAACCGGAGAAAUCAGAGCAAAGCUUAUUCGGAAGUAUCAAAACUCGAAGUUCGCGGCAAGGGCGAAAGCUAGAAUCAAAGAAUUCUCAAUUAAUGGGGGCAGGUUCGUCUAUGAGGAUAUCAGCGGGAGCCAGGCCACAUGGGCAAUGCAACUCUCGACUCUGACGAGACGAUCGUUCAAAAACAUGACGAGGGACUUUGGUUACUACUGGCUGAGAAUCAUAGUCUUCAUCUUGGUGUCCGUUUGUGUCAGCUCGAUUUUCCAUAACGUGGGCACCAAUUCCCAUGCAAUCCUAGCCAGGGGAGCCUGUGGAGGCUUCGUAUCUGGCUUCAUGACCUUCAUGACCAUCGGUGGCUUCCCAUCCUUCAUUGAAGAAAUGAAGGUGUUUCACAAGGAAUGGCUCAACGGGCACUAUGGUGUCGGGGUGUACGUGGUUUCAAAUUUCGUCUCGUCAUUUCCUUACGUUGUGGCAAUAUCAUUGAGCUCGUCGUCCAUCAUUUAUUUCACGGUGGGAUAUCACCCGGGUUUUUCACACUACGCGUAUGCCGUGCUCGACUUAUUGUUGUCCAUAGCUGUGGUCGAGAGCUGCAUGAUGGUAGUGGCCGCUGUCGUCCCCAAUUUCAUGAUGGGUGUCGUGGUUGGGGCCGGUAUCAUCGGUAUUAUGAUGGCGACUGCUGGUUUUUUCCGGCUCCAACCGGACCUCCCGAACAUUUUCUGGAAAUAUCCGGUUUCGUACGUUAACUACAUGUCAUGGGCAUUGCAGGGCGCGUACAAAAACGACAUGCUGGGGAUGGAAUUCGACUCGCCACUGCUGGGGCAGCCGAGACUGAAGGGAGAAAAUGUGUUGACCUCGAUUAUAGGCAUCUCACUAAACCAUUCCAAGUGGUGGGACCUGGCUGCCGUCGCCUCGAUUCUUGUGGCUUAUAGGCUGCUGUUUUUCACGAUCAUCAAGUUCAAGGAGAGGGCCCUGCCCGUGCUCAAAUCGCACUACACGGAAAAAACUCUCUCGCGCAUGAAAAAAAGACCGUCUUUCCGAAAGGCGCCAACGCUCUCAUUUUCUUCAAAGAGGCAUCACGUCAUGCAACCGUUGUCGUCUCAAGAGGGUCUAAACUCGCCGUUACAACUGAAAAAGUAA